AACAAGAAAUAUAAACUUUUAAAAUAAGAUAAUGAAAUCAAAUACAAUACGAUUUCAGUAAUUUUUUUAAAGAAAAAUAAGAAGAUUCUGUUCCUAGGAUUUUGUUUCUGUGAAUUUGAGUUAAACAGUGCAUUUUUUAAAAAAAAACAACGCAACGCGACUGCGAUGGCAGUAACUCUUAGUAAAGCUUUGGUAUUAUUCUUAUCAAUUUCUUUUCUAACUAGCACUGCCUACAAAUAUUUCUUACAAAAGAAGAAGAAAGAGAAACAGAAAGAAACUAACGAAGUCAUAAUGUUUUCGUACGAAGAGUGUGAACUAAAGAAGAGUAAAUAUUCGCGGUGCACUAUCACAAAAAGCAUGGACAGAUUUUUACACUAUUUAGCUUCACCCAAGUACAGUCUUGAUGUAUGUAUUUACGUUUUCACCAACUCUGAUAUUGCGAAUGUGUUACUAAAACUACACUACAAAGGUAUUAAAAUCCGCAUUAUCAUAGAUGCCGACAUGGCAUACUGUACAGGUUCAAAUUUGAGAAGAAUGGAGCGUCAAGGCAUACCUGUACGCUGGAUGAAGUCUACAAAUCUAAUGCACCACAAGUUCUGCAUAAUAGAUGCAGUGAAUAUAGAUGAUGUACACCCUUUAGUAAUAGCAGGGUCAUUGAACUGGACCAAUCAGGCACUUUGCGGAAACUGGGAGAAUGUUCUGGUGACAUCACAAGCUGAUCUUGUAAACCAGUUUAAGACUGAAUUUGAGAAACUUUGGUUACAGUUUACACCAAUAACCAGUUAAUAUUUGUAUUAUUAAUUAGUUUAUUAUGGAUGACUAAAAUUAGUUUUUAAGAAAAAAGUUUAUAAAAUAAACUGCGAAAGUGCUUCUAGGUACAUAUUGCCUAUAUGUUAAGUCCUGUUUUAUAAAUUGAUUAAGACAUAAGUGUUUAGUGUAGACCUUAGACACAAAAAAACAGGAAUUAAGUUGUAAUUAUUUGACUAAAUUUAUUAAAAAGUUUUAAUGGUUGGCAGCAGCAUGGCUCUGCCUCUGGCAUUGCUGAUGUCCAUGGGCUAUGGUAACUACUCACCAUCAG